AUGGCCGGUGACCAAAACCUCCACCAUGUCUCUAAAAUAGGGAUCAUCGGAGCUGGCAUAAGCGGUAUCGCAGCCGCUAAACAGCUUUCGGGUCACAGCCCAGUGGUCUUUGAGGCCACUGAUUCCAUAGGGGGUGUGUGGAAACACUGCACUUACACUUCAACUAAGCUUCAGACCCCUCGUUGUGAUUUUGAGUUUACAGAUUACCCUUGGCCUCAAAGAGAUAACUCAAGCUUUCCUUCUCAUAUAGAGAUUUUGGAGUACUUACACAACUAUGCUUCACAUUUUGAUGUGUUGAAGUAUGUGAAGUUGAACUCCAAGGUGGUGGAGAUGAGGUAUAUCGGUGAUGAGAAUGAAAGUUAUUUUGACCAGCUUGAGACUGAACCCAGAGAGUAUGGGAGGUUGUUGAGAGGUCGUCCUGUUUGGGAGGUCGCAGUGCAGACUAACCAGUCCCCAACCCUUCAGUGGUAUGCUUUUGAAUGUUUGGUGAUGUGCCUUGGGAAAUAUGGGGACAUACCAAAAAUGCCAAAUUUUCCACCAAACAAAGGUAGAGAAAUAUUUCAAGGCAAGGUUUUGCACUCCCUGGAUUACUCAAAGCUGGAUGAAGCAGCUGCUCAUAGGCUUCUCAAAGGAAAGAAAGUUGUAGUCAUUGGAUACAAGAAAUCAGCAAUUGAUUUAGCCAUGGAGGCAGCAGAAGCAAAUCAAGAUCCAGAUGGGCAACCAUGCACAAUGGUGAUAAGAACAUUACAUUGGACAGUCCCAUCAUAUUGGAUUUGGGGGUUACCAUUUUUCUUGUUCUAUUCCACAAGGUUUUCACAGUUCCUCCAUGAGAAGCCAAAUCAAAGCUUUCUCAGGACCCUUCUAUGCUUUCUCUUAUCUCCAAUGAGAAAAGCCAUAUCAAAGUUUAUAGAGUCAUACUUGGUGUGGAAGCUGCCUCUGGUGAAGUAUGGACUGAAACCAGAUCACCCAUUUGAGGAGGACUAUGCUUCUUGCCAGAUGGCCAUCUUGCCGGAAAAUUUCUUCGCCGAGGCGGACAACGGCCGGAUCUUGUUCAAGAGGUCGUCCAAAUGGUGGUUCUGGAGCGGCGGAAUCGAGUUGGAGGACAACACAAAAUUGGAAGCUGAUGUUGUGGCUCUUGCUACUGGAUUUGAUGGGAACAAGAAGCUCAAAGCUUUACUUCCUCAGCCCUUCUGCCGUUUGAUCCAGCACUCCACUGGGAACCUACCAUUGUACAGGGGCACCAUCCAUCCACUGAUUCCAAACAUGGCGUUUGUGGGGUAUGUCGAGAGCGUCUCCAACCUGCACACCUCCGAGUUACGCAGCAAAUGGCUGGCGCAACUGGUGGACGAGCAGUUCAAGCUUCCCACCAUCGAGAAGAUGCUGGAGAAAACCAAAAAAGAGAUGCAAGUAAUGAAGAGAAGUACGAGGUUCUACAAGAGAAACUGCAUUUCCACCUUCAGUAUCAACCACAGUGAUGAGCUCUGUGAGGACAUGGGGUGGAAAUCUUUGAGGAAGAACACCUGGUUUUCUGAAGCUUUCGGCCCUUACACUUGCCAAGACUAUCAAUACUGA